CGUCGUCGCUUGGACUUGCUCUCUGGCCACAUGGAGGACAGUCUUGGCCGGUCCUGGCGUAACCCACAGGAGCGCAUCAUGAGCCUCCUUGCACAUUUCUUCCCUCUCUUUAAAGAGCUGCAAAGGAGGAGGGAUCACCAAGCAAGCUCCCUUUGGAAUUGGGAUUCCUUCUGGGUCCUACGGCCGGACUCUGCAUCAUCCUUGCAGGCUCCCUGAAUCCAUCCCCAUCUCUCUUUCGCUUGGAUUCCCCAUGCUUGCCUUCCUUCCUUCCUAUCCUGGCUGCAGAACCAUCUCCGGCACCAGCUUUGUGGGGUCCCUUCUUAAAAAUUCCCCUCUUUUUUGGUAUGCUUUCUGCUAAAUCACUGCCAUGAGGAAUACGAAUCAGCUCCUUUUCUUGGCUGCGCUUUCCUUUUACAUUAACGGAAGUGACACAGCUGAUGCUGAAGAAAGAUUGAUGAACCACCUCCUCAACACUUCCCGCUACAACAAUCUAAUUCGCCCGGCCUUCAACUCCUCACAAUUGGUAGUCAUCGAGCUGCAAGUGGUGCUGGCCCAGCUCAUCAAUGUGAAUGAACGUGAACAGAUCAUGACCACCAAUGUCUGGCUGAAUCAGGAAUGGACGGAUUACCGCCUAUCUUGGGAACCUUCCGAGUACGACGGGAUCAAUAAGCUAAGGAUACCGGCUAAGAAAGUUUGGCUGCCAGAUAUCGUGCUGUACAACAAUGCUGACGGCACAUACGAAGUCUCUGUCUACACGAACGUAGUGGUCAAGAACAACGGCAGCAUCUUCUGGUUGCCUCCCGCCAUCUACAAAAGCGCCUGCAAGAUUGAGGUCAAGCAUUUCCCUUUCGACCAACAGAACUGCACCUUGAAGUUCCGCUCGUGGACGUACGACCACACCGAGAUCGACAUGAUCCUGAAGAACACCUCAGCCAGCAUGGACGACUUCACUCCGAGCGGUGAGUGGGACAUCGUGGCUCUUCCCGGACGGCGGACGGAGAACCCUUUGGACCCCAGUUACGUGGACCUGACUUAUGACUUCAUCAUCAAGAGGAAACCGCUUUUUUAUACCAUCAACCUCAUCAUCCCUUGCGUGCUCAUCACGUCCUUGGCCAUCCUAGUCUUCUACCUGCCCUCGGAUUGUGGAGAGAAAAUGACCCUUUGCAUUUCUGUCCUGCUCGCCCUGACGGUGUUUUUACUCCUGAUCUCCAAAAUUGUGCCCCCGACGUCGCUCGAUGUCCCAUUGAUUGGAAAGUACCUGAUGUUCACCAUGGUCUUGGUGACCUUCUCCAUCGUGACCAGCGUCUGUGUGCUGAACGUCCACCACCGGUCUCCCAGCACGCAUGCUAUGCCGCCUUGGGUGAAGGUGGUCUUCCUGGACAGACUGCCCCGCUACCUGUUCAUGCGGCGUCCGGAGAACCAUUCUGCAAAGCAACGGCUACGCAACCAGAAGAGGAGCAAAUCUGAGGCCCUGGGAGACUCCUCGAAUGCGUACAAGGGUUCCACCUACUUUGUGAACACGGCUUCGGUGAAAAAGUAUGACCCCAAAUUGACGGACCACCUGGACCACACCAGCAGCCAUCAAGACGUGAGGCUACGCUCCUCGGCCAAGUUUUCUCCCGAAGUCCAAGAGGCGAUCGAGGGGGUCAGCUUCAUAGCGGACCACAUGAGGAGUGAGGAUAAGAACGAGAGUGUUGUCGAGGACUGGAAAUACGUGGCCAUGGUAGUGGACCGGCUAUUUCUCUGGAUAUUUGUCUUAGUCUGUGUGGUGGGGACCGUCGGGUUAUUCAUGCAGCCGCUUUUUCAAAACCACCUGAUUGUCCCGAGUCCUUAAUAAGCCCUUUGAAGACAAUGCUGAGGACUAUUACUCACCAGAUCUGCUGGAUCCCACCUUGGGUUUUGCGAGCCUCGUUUUGGAGUCCAGUGACAUGAGGAUGAAGGAGAAGAAGAAGAAGGGGAAAGCAUCACAAUUCCAUUUAAUGUUCUUCUUUAUUAAAAUGCGCUGACUGAGUGACUGGCUGGUGAAAAAAAAAAGCAAAAAAAUUAAUCACAGAACAACGAUUCAUUUCUUAAUUGUCUAUCUAAAUGUCACCGGACAUGUAGGUGGCUUCCAAAAUAUGGUUAGGCCAGAGCUUUGGAGAACCUCUGAAGCUCAACAAGCAAAGAUGGCAAGAAUGCAUCUCGAAGGACCUUUCGUGUUGGGACUGAAUGAAUGCCUUGAAUCACAUGUUUAUUUGCUCUUUGGGGUUGAAGUAUUUUUGGUGUCGGCUCUCAUUUUCCAGCUGCAUCAUCAGGAGCCAAACGUGAACCCUAAAAAUAGGUUGGUUUCUAGAUCCAAACCCCGUCUUUGGAUCUAGGGAAGGGAGAGAAGGAGAGCAGAGCACGUGGAGAGAAUGACAGAUGCUCACAUACAAAUGCAUUCGAUUAAACACGUUGUCUCUAGAAAUCUCCAGUUCCUUGAGGAGACUCAACGCAGAGUCACACUGGAGGACCUAGAGCAAUGUUUCUCAACCUUCUGAAUGCCGCGACCCCUUAAUACAGUUCCUCAUGUUGUGGUGACCCCCAACCAUAACAUUAUAUUCAUUGCUACUUCACAACUGUCAUUUUGCUACUGUUAUGAAUCGUAAAUAUCUGAUAUACAGGAUGUACCAAAUACCCCAUACGCCCAAAGUUGAAUACUGGUGGGGUUGGAAGGGAAUGAUUUUGUCAAUUGAGCAUUGUAGUUGCUGGGAUUUAUAGUUCACCUACAAUCAAGGAACAUUCUGAACUCCACCAGUGAUGGAAUUGAACCAGGCUUGGCACACAGGACUCCCAUGACCAACAGGAAAAAAAAACUAGAAGGAUACUCAAUAAAUGUGAACACUGGUGGAGUUUGGGGAAAAUAGACCUUGACAUUUGGGAGUUGUAGUUGCUCAGAUUUAUAGUUCACCUAUAAUCAAGGAGCAUUCUGAACUCCACCAAUGAUGGCAUUGAACCAAGCUUGGCACACAGAACUCCCAUGGCCAACAGAAAAUACUGGAAGGAUUUGGUGGGCAUUGACCUUGAGUUUUGGAAGUUGUAGUUCACCUCCAUCCAGAGAGCACUGUGGGCUCAAACAAUGAUGGAUCUGGACUAAACUUGGCACAAAUACUCAAUAUGCUCACAUGUGGGCAUAAUCCAAUGACAAACAGAGAAUACUGGAAGGCUUUGGUGGGCACUGACCCUGAGUUUUGGAGUUGUAGUUCACCCACAUCCAGAGAGCACUGUAGACUCAAACAGUGAUGGAUCUGGACUAAACUUGGCACGAAUACUCAAUAUGCUCAAAUGUGGGCAUACUCCAAUGACAAACAGAGAAUACUGGAAGGCUUUGGUGGGCAUUGACCUUGAGUUUUGGAUGUUGUAGUUCACUUCCAUCCAGAGAGCACUGUGGACUCCAACAAUGAUGGAUCUGGACCAAACUUGGUACGAAUGCUCAAUAUGCCCAAAUGUGAACAUUGGUGGUGUUUGGGGAAAAUAGACUUGACAUUUGGGAGUUGUGAUUGCUGGGAUUUAUAAUUCACCUACAAUCAAAGAGCAUUCUGAACUCCACCAAUGAUGGAAUUGAACCAAACCUGGCACACAGAACUCCCAUGGUCAAC